UUAGACGCCAUAUCAGUAUCUGUUCUGUCAUGCAUAUGUUUUUGCUUGACAUAUUCUUUGAAGUUUGUAGAAGAACCUAUACCCAGUCCUAAAAGUGGAUUUCAUCUUGAUAUCCUUGAAAGCGCUGUAGAAUGAAAGGGGACAGAUGCAACAUGAAUUGUGAGAUUAAACUGGAUGUGCAGAAAGGUGACCAUGGUAAGCAGCAUGGCCAUUAAUAUUAUCUUCCCAUCUCGGCCUAGGUCUUCCAAAUAACUGCUUCCCUUCAGGUUUUGUGGCCCUAUUUUCACAUAAUCUUAUAGAACAUCAAAUAUAAAUUUUUAUCAGAUGCAAGAGGUAAGGUCCUCCAGAGUUAAAAAAAUCAAAUCAGUCUGUGGCAAUUUAAAUCUUUUAAUAACCUUUAAUACUUGGAAAGAGGGGAUUUAGAUUAACCUUUUAAAGUAAUUGACAGCACUGCUUUAACAGUCAGUAACUGCACUUUGAUCACAGGAUGUAUCUGUGGGCUUUGUGUGAUUCCCAGAGUAAGCAUUGACUUUUCCCCUAACACCAUUAACACAGUUUGUCUUUGUAAUGGAGACGUAUCACAUGUACUGUGAUGUAGAAACUGAAUUUGUGUAAAUUAUUUGAACUUUGUGCUUCAAAGGGUUAGUAAUGUGCUAUAAGAGAAGACUGAAAGAAGAAAUGUGUAAAGAAUUCUACUUAAAUAUUACAAAGUGAAGACAGUAACCAAGCAGACAGUGAGUACAACUUAUAACAAUGAAGUAACAGCCAUAGAGGUGUGAUUCCUGAAAUCCAUAACAGAUUACAUUCAUCUUGAUAAGAAUGAUGAUAUUCAACACUACUUACAGAUACUUAAUUUAAACUAUAAUUGACUAUAGAAUACACAUUAGAUGAUUGGAUAAUGUGUUUCAAAUCCCCUGGAAUUAGGAACCAUGACUAAUAAGAGAUGGAACCAGAGAAAGCUGAAUUGUUACGUGAUGUGUGAAGCUAAGUAACUACGGUAGCUUACGUAUACACAGCUUGUUCAUGUGCUGAGGCUGAAGGGCAGUUCACCAUCUCCUGUUGUAACAACCCAUUUCAUAGAAAAACCAUUGAGCCCCAAAAUUUUGUUAAUUUUCUGACAUGGGCAGAAUACUUGUUACAACUGGGAUGCUUCUUAUUCCUGUUUUGCACUAGGUUUUGCUAUCAAGUUGCCUGUUGCUAUAAAAAUUCUGACCUUACUCUCUUGAGAGCUUUCUUUUACAAUAGUACCUCAGAGUAAAGACAUGUUCUUAACAUUAAAUGAUUAAUAAAUUGCCGGGUACAUUUGUCUAAAUUAUAUUUUAACCUGCUUCCUACUCCGUGUGGGGUAUCUGUAAGAGAUUAAAGAGUUCUGCCUGUCAUCUUUUGUGUUUUCCAAAAUUUUGUUGUCUACACACUUAAUUGUUCCCUCAUGAUGAAACUUCUGGCAUUUUAUUCCUUAACUUUGAGAUCUGUACUAGCCUGUGAUAAUGUAAGUUUAUACUGACAUCUAAUAAAUUUAGUCUGUUUUACAAUUUUUCUUCUGAUAUGUGCUUAAAAUUGCAAUUAUAACAAUUUUGAUGUCCAUAUCAAAAAUGUUUUUUUUAGCUAGUAGUUCAGUGAACUCGUAGUAGUUUGUUUUAAUUUUAAUAUGGGCUAGCUGAGCAACUGUAGUGACUAGCUGGGUGACUGGCAUUUGAGACCUGGCAGCAGUAGGAACUUUUCUCUUUGGCCCUGUAUUCAGACCAUGUCUGGGUGUCAUCCAGCCUCUAAUCCAAUGGCUACCAGGAGCUUUUCCACAUGAGUAAGGUGACUGGAGCGUGAAUCUGACCACUGAACCCUUUAGUACUAAGAUUAAGAAUGUGUAAUGCUGUAUUUCCAUUCCAUCAUACAACUUCAUGGCAUGUUGCUUACUUAAUUAUAAUUUUAAAAUGUGGUUCCUCCCAUAAGGACAAUAUACAGUUGGGUUUAAUAAGAGCUUAUCUAAUCAGGAAUCCAUUAUUUCAUUAUGAAAGUAUCCACUGAUAAUAAAAAUGGAGAUAAAAUAUUUUCCAUAUGUAGAUGUAUUUGCAGAUUAAACAAUGCUGUGAUUUUAUUGGGAACCGUACAGGCCCUGCUGUCAUACCUGUUAAUUUCCUGGUGGUGACAUAAUGUUGCAGUCUAUCUACAUAGCCCUCAGACCAUGUACUUGCAUUGUAGUGUCUUAAUACAACUGACCUUGAGAUGUUUUCCUCAGAUUGCCACUGUUGGGUGUGUUACGUGUGGCAGCACUAUACAUUCUUUGUAUAGUCAAUAAAAGAAACAUAAUGGAUGAUAUGUGCUAGUCCACAUGCUUGAUCACAACCUACUGAAAAAAACAGUAUUGAAUUUGAUUUUGAGACUACACCAAAGUUCAUCCGACAGAUUUAAUUUUGGUUCACUGUGGACCAAUAUAACUUGUGCUUUAAUAGGUAACUCAUUCAGUAUAACACCUAGUCUAAGGACUGGUUGACUCAGAUUCAGUUCCCAGUGGGGCAAGAGGUCUUCACAGCAUCCAGACCACAUGUGGGUCCCACCCAGCCUCCUAUCCGGUUGGCAACUACAGUCUUCCCACAGAAGUAAAGCUGCGCGGUGCAUGAAGCUCACCAUCUACCUCAACCUAGUGCUAAGUUUCACAGAAGGAACUUCCUCAACAAUGGGCUGCUUUAAGGGGUCUGAUCCUGAGAAAGAGAAUCAGGAGAGAAUAAGUCGGGUGCUGGAACAGAAAAUCGUUGCUUGGAGCAAGGAGUACAAGAAGGCAAUCAAGCUGCUGCUGCUGGGCGCUGGGGAAUCUGGCAAAACAACAAUUAUAAAACAAAUGAAGAUUCUGCACAUCAAUGGAUUCUCAGAAAGUGAUCGACAAGAGAAGGUGGUGGACAUACGUCAGAACAUCCAUGAGUCUAUGUAUGACCUUCUGACUAACAUGUCAAUAUUGGAACCUCCAGUUUGUCUUGCUGAUGAUGCAAAUGAGAUUAGUGCUUCCUACAUUCGAAACCUGGGACCAAAAGAACCUUUAUCAUACACCCAAGAAUAUUUUGACCAUGUGCACACUUUGUGGAAUGAUAAGGGUGUUAAGGAAUGUUACCGAAGAUCUAAUGAGUUCCAGCUUAUUGAUAGUGCAAAGUAUUUUCUAGACAGAAUAAUGGAAGUUAGGAAUCCAGAUUAUAGACCAUCUGAUCAGUUUUGUACCAAUUCAUAUACCAGAAUGUCUUUCGGAUCUGUGUUUCAGUUGUUUGAGGGUAUCAAUGCCAUCCUCUUCCUAGUUGCAUCAAGUGACUAUGAUCUAACUCUCAGAGAAGAGACGGGCGUGAACAGAUUACGUGAGGCUGUCAGUCUAUUUGAGGAUAUUUGGCACAAUAGGUUCUUACAUGACACUGGUAUGAUCGUUUUUCUAAACAAGCAGGAUAUGCUCAAGGAAAAAGUUGAGAGUGGCAAGAGCAUUGCUACCUACUUCCCAGAGUAUAUCACAUAUGAAAUGAGCAGUACUGAUGGAAGAAGCUGUGAUGAGUAUAUAAAGACACGGUGCUUCAUUCGGGAUCUUUUCUAUGAUGUAACAAAGAAGCGGAUAAGUGCAGAUGAUCGCAAGUUUAGCAUUAUGCCAGGACUUACGGUGAUGCUUGCAGAUACAGAGAAUAGGCAGUGCUAUUUCCACUUUACAGUUGCUACAGAUACUGGAAACAUCAAAACUGUGUUUGAAGAUGUCCACACUAUGGUCCUCAUGAGUAUUCUCAAGGAAUUUGGUCUCCAGUAAUAUAUGAUAAUUGCUAUAUUAUGUUGCCAUUGCAAUCCUUAACCAAUUGUUAUGUGGGUUUAAAUUUAACAUAUCUUGGAAUUCUCAGACAGGUGCCUUCUUUAUAUUAUGUUUCAGUUCAUUUUUAGUAUUCCAGGGAAUGUUUAUUUUUUCAUUUUCUGUUGGAUUAGUCUCUUUUGGCCUGCUUUAAAAAGGACACUAUAUUUUUCAGCAGUAACUACUAUGGACAAGGUAUCUCUAAAGACUACUUUCUUCUGGGAUGUGAUGCUUGUAGUCUUAUAGAUAGGUACCAAAAUUUUUGAGCAAUCUGUUUCCUCCAUCCUCAGGUUACUUUGAAGCUGGCAUCACAUCUCAGAAGAUUGCUAUGAAAUCCUCAAAUCUCACAAGGUAUUUGUGUUCAGAACAGUCUUAUGUGAUGUGUUGGAUUUCUGAAUAUAUUCCCUGGCACUUGUAACAUGUCUUCCCAAAGGAAACAGGAUAAGAUCGAUCUUAAUUUAAAACAGAUGUCAGUAAUGGUCCAUCUUAAAAAUUUUUGCCUUUGCCAUUUACAUUUAUGCAUUUUGACACUUUCAGGCAAUUUAAUUUAAAUUACCUUUUUACACUAUAUUUUAUGGUACUAGUACCUGAGUAUUAUUUAAUAUUUAUCAUUAUGUUUGUACAGAUCACUGUUUCAUUGUUGAUUAUUGUUUCUACAAUGUACACUGAAUACAGGUAUGGAGAUGUAUAGAUGCUAGGGUCUCAAUUUCGCUUACUCACUGUCCAGUCAUAAGAUUUAGUAUAGAAGAAGUUAAAAAUACAAGUUUUGAGAACUUCUAAAUAAAAGUGUUUCAUGAAAAUGAUGACAGUUGAUGACAGACUAUUCUUAGCAGAUCCACUCACUGGCAGACUCAGUACUUCUGGCAACCAACAUGUGCUGUUCUGUCUGUUGGUGAGGUAUAUUACCAUAAUCUCAUGAAGCAUUGUAAUGAUUUAUUAUAUAGAGAGACAUGCAAUAUAAGUAUUUAUUUAUUCAGUUUAUUGAAAAUAUCAUAAAAUGCCUCAUGAAAGUCUUAAACUGAAUUUGUUACAUUUGGGGGCCAUAUAAAAA